CAGGGCAUGGGAGGAAUGCUCGGAGGCCCAGUGUGUCAGGUGCUCCUCCCUUUAGGGAAUUUUAGUUGUUCAAAGACUUCAAAACCUAGCUCCAGGGUAAACCUGUGUACACUGAUGAGGUAUGUAUGACUGACGUAAGAAUGGAGAUUGACGUUGAGUUUCAGUCCUAUUUACAACUGACGCACAUGAGUGCUUUAUUUGCAUCUAGGAAGUUUGAUGGAAAGGUGUGGUUUACAGGUGCAAAUUCAGGAAAGGCCAGUUCCUAGGUAGCCACAAGCGAGACAGAUCCCUCCCCUUGCCUCUUGUCUCUGGAUGCACACUCUCUGAACUCUCAAACCAUUUCACUUCAACCUGCCUCGAUCAUCUCACCCGAGUCCAACAGGCAGCGCUCAGGUAGAGGGACCAAAUAUGAAAUUGCCACUAGGCAUCACACUUGCAAUCCUCUUGAUUCUUCAGACGUUUCAACAAGUGUCCACCCAGAUACCUGACAACUGGAAAAGAAGUGAUACUACAGACAACAAUGGAGAACAAACAUUUAGUGAGGGAAUAACCACUCAAUCAAAUAAGGAAAACAUACAAAGCAAUGAGGAUGCCAAACCAGAGAGCAGUUCAGAAAAUGAAGGACAAACAUUUGGCUCAAUUUAUUUUGGUCAAGAAGGAGAGCAGAAUUCCACACAACUGGAUCAGAGCCCUGAGCAGUCUGUUAGUGACACAGAGGAAGCUAGUUCUGAGGGUCCCGUUGCUACAACACCACCUCCAAUGAUUGCACUUAAUUCAAGCUCUGAGCUCUCAGAUACAUCAGCAGAAUCCAAUGAAACACUGACACAGGACACAGCCACAAAUACCUCCACACCAGAGCCAGAACACACAAAUGAAUCUGCUCUUAAUGACACAUAUACCACUCCACAACCUGAGACUACCACAGCAGAGAGCAGCCAUGAUGAAUCGGGUUCUGGAUAUUUGCCCUCAGAUGAUGUACCCACCAACAGCACUACUAAAAGUCCAACCACCACAACAAAAGAUGAAAGCGUCCAGAACCAAACUACAGUGAGUCCAACUGAACCACCAGUAUACACAACUACAACGGCAGCAAUUCUACCUGCCUUCCCUGAAGACGCCACGACUCCUGCCCCAGAGGAUACAAAAUUAAACCAGACCGAACCUAUUGACACCAGAGAGAAUUCUGAAAGAGGUUUAUCUUCAGAUGUUUCAGAUGGUACCAAAAGCAAGAAUGGGCAGGCAUGGACCAUCGUCCUAGUCAUUGGGAUUGUAGUGGGGGUCCUGGCCUUGGGAGCAUUUAUCUUCCUGAAUCGAAGGAACAAAAGAGAUUUCUCGCACAGAAAACUGGUGGAAGAGAUGUCACCUGAUCCAGUUCUCCGAUUGGAUAACAGUGAACCACUAGACCUGAAGUUUGAUGGAUUUGGUUACUACAACCCAGGACUACAAGGAGACAACAUCCAGAUGACCAACUUUCCACAGGGACGUUCAAAAUGAGAACAAAUCUGUGAUGCCAAAGACAUUUUAUUUAAUGUUGCACCCAUGUGAAGACAAAAGGAUGUAAUUAAGAAGUCAUUGUCAUUUUUAAAGUGAUUUGCCAAAUCAAUCACAAGGCAAUUUUACAUAACUGAACAAUCAAAACAUUUUUUUAAUGUUAAGUAGUGUCUUUUGUUUGAAUGUUUCAGACUAUCUGAAGGAACCUAAAUCUGAAGAAUAUUUCUAUAAUGGGCAUUUUUUAUUGGAACUGCAAAGUAUUGGAUUGUACGUCUGCUUCUUAUUGUUCAAGAAGGUUGUUUACUUGACAUAAUUAUUGUAUCAUGUCAAAACCUGUAUAUGCAAAAUGGUGGAAAUUUUCAGCAUUAUGACACAAUUUCUCUAUGCACAGCAGUGAACUGGGAGAACAUCUAUUGGCUUUUUCCCAUAUUGAAUUUUCAGACACAGGCCUAAUACCUUUCUUCUGAGCCUAUAAUAUUUGAAGAUUUUUUAGUUUACAAAAGCGCUAAACUAAAUAGAGAAUAAACAUGGCAGUAGGUUCUCAGAUUAUUAUAAAUAAUAAAAUGAUAAAA